UUGAAGCUGCGUGUUAAGGAAACAUUUGGAUUUGACCCCAGGACACGUUACUCUAUGAAUGCACAUGCUAAAAAAACAAACUUCUUGUAAACACUUAGUGCGAAAAUCAUUGCACUGAUAUAUAAGCAUGUUGUCAGGUGCUCAUCAUCGCAACACAUGGGAUGCAGUGUUUGCAGGACUCGGCUGAACUCGGGCAGAGCGCUGUCCAGAGUGCCGCUGCCUUUUACCAUGCUCUUGCUUUUUAUCUAUUUGUUUCAUUGCUUGAACGGAUUUUGCGACUCGGCACCAAAAAUCCCGGAGCGACUGAACCUGAUGAGCCUCCGCGCGCCGGGUGAAGCGCACGCGCUGCGCUCGGAGCUCCGCGGGAACAGCACUGUGUCCGCUCGCCGCAGCGCGCUCGCGGAGUCACCGGAGUCGGACAACGACGGCGGGGAAAGUGGCAUCCCUGUCGCCAACACGUACGGAAGUAAAAGAUUCCCACAGGCCAUCAUUAUUGGCGUGAAGAAAGGGGGCACCAGGGCGCUGCUGGAGUUCCUGCGCGUCCAUCCAGAUGUGCGCGCUGUCGGCGCCGAGCCGCACUUCUUCGACAGGUUCUACCACAAGGGUCUCGAGUGGUACAGAAACUUAAUGCCAAGGACCCUUGAUGGCCAGAUCACAAUGGAAAAGACACCCAGCUACUUUGUCACCAAAGAAGCUCCUUCCCGUCUGUGUGCUAUGAACUGCGACACCAAACUCAUAGUGGUAGUUCGGGAUCCCGUGACCAGAGCUGUGUCUGAUUACACACAGACUCAAAGCAAAAGCCCUGGACUUCAGUCUUUCCAGGCACUAGUGUUCAAAAAUACCAGCUCAGAAGCCAUCGACACAUCAUGGAGUGCUGUGCGCAUCGGAAUGUACGCCCAGCACCUGGAGAACUGGCUCCAGCAUUUCCCGCUCUCCAGCUUCCUGUUUGUAAGUGGAGAGAAACUAGUUAGUGACCCAGCUGGAGAAGUGGGGCGUGUGCAAGAUUUCCUGGGUCUCAAGCGCAUUGUCAGUGACAAGCACUUUUACUUCAAUGAGACUAAGGGGUUCCCAUGUCUGAAGAAGCCAGAGGGUAGUAGUAGGCCCCGCUGCCUGGGGAAAUCCAAGGGUAGGACUCACCCUCACAUACCAACAGAUGUACUGCAGAAACUCAGGGAGUUUUACAAACCCUUUAACCACAAGUUCUAUCAGAUGAGUGGCCUUGAUUUCGGCUGGGACUGAAGACUUGCAAGUGGAGUUGUGUUUAAAAGGCAACAUAAAAAUAUAAUUUGCACAUUUCAGUACAUUGACUUCAUUUACAGGCUGUCUAUAAUGGAUGACGUGGGAAGCCAUGGAUCAUUAAAUGGUGUUAGAACAUUUAGAAAGUAUUCAACAAGUUCUAAAAAGGUUAUUUUGAUCAUCUGAAUAUCUUAAUAUUAUGUAAUGCACACAUACUGUAUAUCAUACAUACUACAUACAUACAGUACGUAUUCCAUUCUAUUACUCAAUUGGUUGAUGAGUUCAACCAAAAGUAGUUGUAUACUUUUGUAUGUUGUAUAUUAUAAUUGAUAUAAUGCAUAUAAUAAUAUGCCAACACUACUCAGAAUGUACAGCAUAAUUCAGUAAGAAAUACGAGUAAGAAAUAUACAAGGCAUCGAUGGGUGUCAUGUACUGUAUAUAAUUUUUUUCUAAUGUAAAUAUAUUUAUCUACAUAUCUAUCUGUAUAUUUAUUUACAUUUAGACUGCAUAAUCUAAUCAUCCACAAUGCAGCUUUUUUAAACUUACAUCAUUCAUGUUUUAUAAGGAUUUUUUUUAUCGACCACUAUUGGGACAGUAUAAUAUAGUAUUGGUGUGGUAAGGAGCUGAACAAUAAAUAACAAUAAUGUGAUUUUUUAGGGAAGCUUAAAGGAAAAAAAGGUUAAAGUUUGUCAUUUUUGUGCAACAAGUCAGGGUCCUCUCUGGGUAAGGUUUUCCACAUUCCACAUUCUCCCCAUCUCAAUCUGGGUUCUCUCCUGGUUCUCUUGUUUUCUAGUA